AUGUCUUACAUCCAGGCAUAUACUUUGGACCCUAGAAGAGUGAACUUCGAAAAUGGAUGGAGCGUAUUGAGCGACCUUUCUCUCCUCUAUCCUCAAGAUAGAUACCUAUCUGACGCGGUCACCCUCAUACAUCAUCUCACCAACACUAUCAACUCUAACCUGAGGGCCUUGCUUGACACAUCACACUCCAUGGAUCCGUCAGCCACUCUUGGUGUUAUAGAAUCAACACGUCUAGAACAACAAAGAGUCAUAACAAGAAUGAUCGAUACAACUUUUGUACUCCGGGAAGAAAUUCCUGCUUCCGAUCGGGUCCCAUAUAUCAACCUCGUUCCUCCCCCUGUCACCUUCGCCGAUCCGAACUGGAGAGCCGCGACUCCAGCUGAACGUGUUAGAAGAGAGUGGUUCAACGCGGAUCCAUGGCAAUCAUACAUAUCUACGCAACGGGAAUUAAGGGAUUACCCUGAUGAGAAAACAUUUACAGCGUUUAUCACGAGUUGUUCUGGUGUAGCCCGAUUUUGGGAAGAGACUAAUGAGUCGUUACCAUGGGUGGAAGGGGAGUUGUUGGAGUUGAGUCUUAGAGCUCUGGGAGAGACUGUAGGCAGGACUUUGACCGUAUAUGAGACUGGGCAAGCUGGAGUGGAACUCGCGUCCAACAUGGUGUUGAAUGGCGCAGAGGGAGUGAAUGAGGCUUUAGGGAGAAUGAUGAGUUAUUUGUCAGGAUCACAGGUACCUAAGACUGAGGAAACUGUCUUAGGUACCCGUGAUCCUGAUGGUAUUGGACACCAAGGUUUUUUGUGA